AUGACCACCAAGUUCCACCCGACUUACACAGCUAUGGCAUUUUACUUUCAACCUCCCAUCUUUGGGAACUAUCUCCUCUCACCAGCCCCAAGAGUUUUCCCCCCUACACUGGUGGUGAAUCCACCCCAGCUUCAGUAUACCGUACCUCUAUACGUGCAGCCUACUCCGGUAGUGGUUCCAGUCCAUCGAUACAUCACUGCCCCAACCACCAGAAUCAAGGUGAUAUUCCACCGAGCAGGAACCAUUCUCGGCUCCAACGAUGCCUAUUACAACUACACACCAUCUCGAGAUGCAGUCCUUGGAAAUGUAGCCUGGUGGGCCAAGGGCCAUGGACUCGGAGAUCGAGCGUACUCCGGGCAGUGCACCUUGUAUAUCACACGAAGCCACCUCUCAACUCUCCACAUUCUUCCAGGAACAGGACCUGUGACGCCACUGGAUAUCGUGAGAAAGAUGUCCUUCACAGAGCAACUGCCUCCAGGGGAGUUCGAGUCAUUGAUGUCUCAGAUAGCCAUGAAUGGCUACGGGGCUUUUAUCGUUGUCGACCAUGCUUAUGUGCCUCUUCAGCUUCUGGCACAGGAUACCCAUAGGGAUCCUGUCCCGGAUCCGCCCCCAUCGCCUCCUCCAACCCCCCCUCCUCAACCUUCAAAUGAUCAUACGAACAACAACUCGGGAGAUUUAACUAACACUCCUCAGACUGCUCGUCCAGCAUCGGCCCCUCCAAGCGAUCUGUCCAACACCAGCGAGCCUCGGUGUUCAGACACAGGGAAUGGUGGAAGCAACAUACAAACGCCUGCUCCAGGAACCCCCAACUUGAGUCAGCCCGAAGUGAACGAUACGCAAACUGACGGUCAAACGGUUGAUGAUACGGAGCCCAAGCCUGCUGAAGGGGAAGACGGGGUCGUUGCAAACAGUUAA